AGUGAAACUGAAUCAGUCAGAAAGCUCGUAUCCACCUGAAAUCACUUUUUACGCUAGAAUAUAACUACAGCACAUUUCAUGACUGAGAGGAGUGUAAACACAUUCCUGACUCUCUACAAAAAGCAAGGGAAAAAUAAAGUUUCUGGAUGUAAAGGUUUAACAGUAUCAGGAAAAAGAAAUUGGCAGAAUCUUCAUCACUACAGCCGAGAAAAGACAGAAGGGGAAGCAUGGACAGACCAGAGUCUUUUUCUGGUGACUCCACCAGUCUCCUGUCUGAAGAGCAGCUGCUGUGUUCUAUCUGUCUGGAUGUGUUCACUCAUCCAGUCACCACUCAAUGUGGACACAACUUCUGUAAGAGCUGCCUUACACAGUGCUGGGAGAAGAGUCAACACUGUUACUGUCCAUUAUGUAAAGAGAAAUUCACCAAGAAACCUGAACUGAAGAUUAAUACAACAGUGAGAGAGGUUGCAGAUCACUUCAAGAAGAAACGUGAUCCUGACAAACCUGAGGUUCUUUGUGAUGCCUGCACUGGAGAGAAGCUGAAGGCCCUGAAAUCCUGUCUGGAUUGUCGUGCAACUUACUGUAAAACUCAUUUAAAGCCUCAUAAUCAUGUUCCAAGCCUUCAGAAACACAAACUAAUAAACCCUGUGGAGAACCUGGAGGACUACAUAUGCCAAAAACAUGAGAGACCUCUGGAGCUGUUCUGUAGAGAUGAUCAGACGUGUGUGUGUCAGUUCUGCACGGAGACAGACCACAAGAAUCACAACACUGUUCCUCUAGAGGAGGAAAGUGGAGAGAGGAAGACUCAGCUGGGGAAAAUACAGACAGAUGUGCAGCAGAUGAUUCAGGACCGACUGAAGAAGAUCCAAGAAAUCAAACACUCAGUUGAGCUCAGCAAAAGAAGAACAGAGAAAGAGAAAGCAGACAGUGUUGAAGUCUUCACUGCUCUGAUUCGCUCCAUUGAGAGAAGUCAGGCUGAGCUGCUCGAGGUGAUGGAGGAGAAGCAGAAAGCAGCAGAGAGGCAGGCUGAAGGACUCAUUAAAGAGCUGGAGCAGGAAAUCACUGUGCUAAAUAGGAGAGACACUGAGCUGGAGCAGCUCUCACACACUGAGGAGCAUCUCCACCUCCUACAGAUUUACUCCUCCAUGUGCAGCCCUCCACACACCAAGAACUGGACUGAGAUCAGUAUUAACACUGAUCUGAGUGGGGACACUGUGAGGACAGCUCUGUCUCAGCUUCAGCAGACUCUGAAUGAGAAACUCACUAAAACACUCAAUGACAAGUUAAAGGAAGCAGUUUCCAUAGAACUGAAGAGGAUUCAGCAGUAUGCAGUGGAUGUGACUUUGGAUCCUGACACAGCAAAUCCAUAUCUCAUCCUGUCUGGUGAUUUAAAACAAGUCACAGAUGGAGACAAACAACAGGAUCUUCCUGAUACACCAAAAAGGUUUAAUAAAUGUGUCAACGUUCUGGGAAAGCAGAGUUUCUCCUCAGGGAAAUUUUAUUAUGAGGUGCAGGUCAGAGGGAAAACUAAGUGGGAUCUUGGACUCGCCAAGGAGUCCAUUUACAGGAAAAUGCCGAUUACACUGACUCCUCAGAAUGGAUUCUGGACUGUGAUACUGAGGAAUGAGAAUCAGUAUAAGGCUUGUGCUGAUCCAGAUGUCCCCCUCACACUGAGAGAGAAGGUGGAGACGGUGGGGGUGUUUGUGGAUUAUGAGGAGGGUCUGGUCUCCUUUUAUGAUGUGAAGUCCAGAUCUCAUAUCUACUCUUUCACUGGUCAGUCUUUCACUGAGAAACUCUAUCCAUUCUUCUCUCCUGGUUUCAACGAAGGUGGUAAAAACUCAGCACCACUGAUCAUCUCUCCUGUAAUUGGGACUGAAUAAAUGAAUGCCUUACAUAAAAAUGACAAGUCAAAAAAAAGGAUGUUUAAAAAACUUUUUGUUCUGGUGGGAGAUAUGGUAAAAGCUCAGUGUAAUGAGAGAUUAUUCUCCUUUUUUUAAAGUGCAUGUGCAGUACAUAGUGCAUUCCUAAUGGGAAGAAAAAUCAUGUUUCAGUAGCAGAUAAGUCUGGAGAUCACUUUUUGAAGAUUAAUUAACAGUAUAUUCAUGUUUAUCUCUGAUAAAUUUGUUCUAAAAUUAUGCAUCUCUACAAUACAGUACAGAUAUGUAUAUAAAAAUGCAGGCUACUCUAAAUUUCUUCAUUUGCAAAAUCUACUUUAUUUCAUUUAUUUGAUAUUUAUCUUUUUUUAAGUGAGGCAGAUUCUUUUAAGUUUCAUAACAUUCUUCACAAGUUUUUGGAAUAUGUGGUUAUUUUGAGUGCUUCUGAUUUGACAUUAUUCAAGAGCUUUUUGCCUCAAUCCAUGUUGUUAUUCUGAUGUGGUUUGAUGGAGCAUUUUUUUUAAAACAUUUGACUGGAUAAGAGACCAGGACUGUUACAUAAAUGAUGCAUUAAAGAUAAAUUGCAAUCUUUCACUUUCAGUCCUCAGUCUUUCAUUCUCUGCCCUUCAGUAUUAAAACUAAACUUUUCCUGAUUAUUGCUCUUAAUUGUGAAAUACUUUAAAGCAAAUAAUCAUACAUUGCAUCUAAUAUUUAUCAAGAUUUUCUUAAUGGGUAGAGUUUGAAAGCUGUACCUGCAUACAUUUUUUUUCUUGUCUGUCCAGUAGAUCACAGAAUCCUCUACCCUCUUUCUUGUUUUGUCCAAUGAAGGCAAACUAAAGACUAGAUUGUUGGUACAUUGCUCCUUAUGACCACUGCUUAAUGAUGAUGAUUUUAUUCAGAAACUGUGCAUUUGCUCGUUAUGUUUUGAUGUUUGGAUUAGGAGCUCUGUUCCCUGUACUCUUGUGUUCUGAAUUAAUUUCAAGUGGCCUAGACAUCACUUUGGGACAAGGCAAAAUCUGUGCUACUUUAAAAACUCUGUGACUCUGAAAAAUUAUGGCAAUAAUUCGAUUAUAUCUGGAAAUUUAGUGAUCAGUAAGAGUAAACUCAAUCUGAACCCUGUAACUUUUCAUGAAUUAGGAUCAUUGUGGCAUGUUUGUGCAUCUUCUUCAGGGUUCUGCCUGAUGGCAGGUGUCCACUGGAGUUUCUAGGGAGCAUUACGUACAUUAGUGGUUUCCCGGUGUCUUCUAUUGGAUUAUUAAAAAACCAUGGAAUUGAUAAACUGGUCUCUUCACGCAAUUGACACAAUCUUCUCGACGAGAGGCCUGGGUUCGGGGGAACCAGCCUGUCCUGCCGGAACGUUCGCAGCUGGCUACACGAUGGAUGUGUGGGAGCGGUGGCAGGUCGUGCGCCUGGCGGUUCUUUCUGUGGAGGACAUUGAAGGCAUCUACCUAUUCGGAACCAUGAUUACAGGACUUUUGCUGAUUGGAUUAGGCAUUGCCCUGGUUUAUUGAGGAAAUCAGAAAAUGGUGCCAGCUGUCCAAAGCCCCAUAAAGCUGCCCGACCUGAUUGAAACAGUGGGCAGAGCUGUUGGCACUCAGACUGUGGCUAUUCAGAACUUGAACCGCAACAUGGAUAACAUCAUGGAGAAGCUUUCGGCUUUGCAAAGGAAAAUGGAUUUGAUUCGAUUCGGAGACCAGAAUGGACAAACAGUGUAGUCGUGUAAAGGAAUGCGUCUACUCGCCCCAAGACCAAACAAUCCCAAUCUUAUCUGCUUUCGGCUCCCUCAGACAGCACUGGCCUCGGCCAAGGCCGUUGCUGGGAAAACAAUUCCCCCCCGGAGGUCACUGCUGUUAGACUCUCUCGUAUUCCUCCCCUCUCUUCCCACGGUCGCUGCUUUUACCCCCAGUGUGACAAGUCGGUAAGCGCCGUCUGGCUGCAGGACCGGACUGCUUGCUUGUACUGGGUUACCUAUACCUCCACCCUCUCCCUCACCCCCUUCCCCCUCAAGUCCCAAGUCAUGUGUAAAGUGUACUGUGUUAUUUUUGUGCUUAUGUGCUGAGGUGUUUUUUUUAUGUUCCCACACUAUACUCCCCCCCAGGAGCAUAGUGUGGGGGUUGCUUUUUUCUCCUCCCCUCAUGUUACUACUGUAUUUUUCAUCCCUGUCUUCCUGUCCUGUCUACGCCCCCUGUGUCAAUUGUAUGUAUGUUAUGUGUAUAUGUACGGACAGGUUGAGGGCUAAUUUCGCUGGUACUUGUGACUAGUGACAAUAAAG